AUGGCGCCGCUUGAGAAUGGCCAGGCCAAUGGCUUGAAUGGUGACUCUGUCGCGGCUCUCCGUUUCUCCGACAUUCCCGAUGCCAUCGAUAUUCCCGCCUCCAGUUUCGACAGCGAAGUCGAAGUCAGCCUCCUUGAUCUCCCGGAAGAUCCAACCGAGCUUUGCACCCUGCUUGAGAAUGAGCGCGCAGCGAAGAACUUCUGGGUGAUCAUUGCCUUGGCGUACGCCAAACGAAAGCAGAUUGACCAUGCAAUCGACAUUCUCAACAAGGGCCUGGCCUCCGUCGCCCACGGUGCCACCAAAGAGAAACUGGGUCUUCUCGGUUGGGUCUGCUGGCUGCUGAUGCUGAAGAGUCGCCAGGCUCCGCGUGUCGCUCCCGAGGGUGAAUUAUACUCGGAGGCGAAGACGAAGGAUCACUACCUCCAGCUAGCGACGUCGACAUUGAACGAAGCAUCUCGUUUGAACCCAGCCUAUCCCCCGCUGUUCCUCGCGCGUGGCGUUCUAUGCCUUCUCCGUGCAUCGCUAUAUCCUCCCCGUGCGGUUCGUCCCGGAACAAUUGACACAUCUGAGCGCGUAGAAUCCUUACGACAGGCGUUGAAAUGCUUCGACGAAUCAUCUAAGGCCUUUGGUGGCCGCAAUAUCAUGGCGAUCUUGGGACGUGCUCGAGCUCACUAUAUGCUAGGCCGAUAUGCUGAGGCUCUAGAUGGUUAUCAGAAGGUUCUGUUGAAGGUGCCUCAUCUCACAGAUCCCGACCCGAGAAUCGGCUUGGGAUGCUGCUUGUGGCAGCUUGGAUUUAAAGAUCAAGCCAAGGCAGCUUGGGAGAGAUCAUUGGCCUUGAAUCCUGAGUCCAAGGUCGCCAAUAUCCUCCUCGCAGUCUAUCACCUCUAUGACAGCUCCCGUCGCUCGACUACAGAUCCGAUGUUUGGCUCUUUGUACAAGAUGGCUAUGACACAAUACACUCAGAAGGCGUUCAAACUCGAUAAGGAAUAUCCGAUGACAUGUGCCCUGUUCGGAGGCUAUUUCCUCCUUCGAAAAGCCUAUCCUACCGUGGAAACCCUCGCUCGCAAAGCCAUUGAACAAACAGACGUCAUGCCCAUUGCAAGUGAUGGCUGGUAUCUUCUUGGUCGCAAGUCCCACUAUGAGGGCGACUUUGCACGCGCCACGGAGUUCUACAAUCGGUCUGAUCAAGCUCGGGGUGGCGGCGAUAAGGGUUACCUGCCGGCUAAAUUCGGUGCUGUGCAAAUGCAGGUCACCAAUAAGGAUCUCGAUGGUGCUAAGUUCCACCUCGAGAAGAUCGUUCAGCAAUCCAAAAAUGCUGAGGCGACAAUCCUAUUAGCGGCACUUCAUGCCGAGGAGGUUUUUGCCGCCCAGCGAUCUGGAAGCAAGGAAGACAAGUCGAACGAGGCAAAGCGUGCGAUCACUCUCUUAGAGUCUGUUCGGGCGAUGUGGAAGGAUGAAAAACAGAGACUGACACCUGACGAAUCGGUUCUGGUGUACCUGUCACGCCUUUACGAGAACACUGCGCCAGAUAAGAGCAUGCAGUGCUUGGCUCAGCUGGAAGAGCUCCAAAUCUCAAGCAUUCCUGAAAGCACUCGUCCGGAUAUCGAAGAUGAGGAUCAGCUGAAAGUUACGCUCCGAGAGAGCCUUCCUCCACAGUUGCUCAACAACAUGGGGUGCUUCUUGUACCAGAACGAGAAGAUCGCCUUGGCUCGUGGGAUGUUCCAGUCUGCACUCAACGCUUGCGUUCAAUCCUCGCAGCGAGAGGACGGUACGGAUAACGACGCUCUUGUUACUUCUAUCAGCUACAACCUGGGUCGAACCUACGAGGCUGCGGACAUGUGGGACGAAGCCAAAAAGGUUUAUGAAGGUCUUCUGGAGCGGCACAGCGACUACACCGAAGCCAGUGCUCGCCUUACAUACAUAGCCCUUCGCCAGAGUCCCACAGAUGAGGGCCCCAAGAAGAUGGCUAAACUCUAUGAAGCCGAAUCCUCAAAUCUAGAAGUUCGCUCCCUCUUUGGCUGGUAUCUUAGUAAAUCGAAGAAGCGUGUGGCCAACCUCGCGGAAGAUCACGAACAACGCCACUACAAGCACACCCUCCAAUACCACGACAAGCAUGAUCGCUAUGCUUUGACGGGCAUGGGCAAUGUGCACCUUCUCGCGGCCCGUGAUAUGCGCCGUGAUACGGACCAGGAGAAGGAGAAACGCCGCAAGGUGUAUCAGCGUGCCGUGGAGUUCUUUGACAAAGCUCUGCAGCUCGAUCCGAAGAACGCCUACGCCGCACAGGGUGUUGCAAUUGCUCUCGUGGAUGACAAGAAAGACCACAGCUCCGCCGUGCAGAUCUUUUCCAGGGUCCGCGACACACUCAAGGACCCGAGCGUCUAUCUCAACCUGGGUCAUAUUUAUGCCGAGCUCCGGCAGUACUCGCGAUCCAUCGAACACUACGAAGCUGCGCUGGCCAAAGAUCGGUCUCGCGAUGUCCAGAUCCUAGCUUGUCUUGGUCGUGUCUGGUGGUUGAAAGGAAAGCAGGAAGGUAGCAUGCAGGCGAUGAAGACCGCUCUUGAUUAUGCACAGCGGGCCAAGAAUGUCUCCCCGGAUCAGCUUCACCUGCAAUUCAAUGUUGCCUUUGUGCAGAAUCAGAUCGCCUCCCUGGCAUACAGUCUUCCGCCUACCCAGAAGACCCUCCAAGAUGUCGAGGAGGCAGCCGAGGGGCUGAAGGAGGCGAUUGAAGCCUUUGAUCGCAUCUCAAAGGAGAAGAAUCCCCCAUACCCCAGCCAGGCAUUGGAGCAACGAGCCAACAUGGGCCGAACGAUCAGCAAACAGCUUGACCGUGCAUUCCAAACCCAGAAGGAGUACGAGGAUAAGAACGCCACGAAGCUCCGUGAAGCGCGUGAGGCCCGUGAGGCUGCUAUGCGCGAGCGUGAGGAGGCGACGCGCAAGGCUCAGGAGGUUGAGGUCGAGCGCAAGCGGAAGAUUGCCGAGGAGCGUGCGCAGAUGGUCGAGGAGCUACAGCGCCAUGCCGCGCAGCGCGCCGAGGCGGACCGUGUCCGCGAAGAGGCCGAACUCACCGACGACUCUGCGACUGGCGAGAAAAUCAAGCGAAAGAAGAAGCCGUCAAAGCGGAAGAAGAAGGGUGGCGAUGACUUUAUUGCGGCAGACGACGAAGGUGAUCAGCAGGAGGGUAGCGUUGAGCCGGAGAGCGAGAACGAGACCGCGCCCAAGAAGCGGCGUCGCCUGGAGCGCCGCUCUGGUGGCAAGGCGCAGAGCAAGUUCAAGAGUAGUGAAGUUGUGGUUGACUCGGACGAUGAGGAUGAAGAAGGCGCCGCCCCCGCAAGUCCUGGCGAGGAAGAUCAGGAUGAUCUCUUCGGUGAUGAUGAGCCAAUGCAAGACGAGGAGAGUGCACCUCGUCGUCGGGGCAAGGUGUCUCGUCGUAUUGAAGAUGAUGACGAUGAGGAGGAAGAGACCGCAGCAAGGGCUGGCGACGAGGACGAGGAUCUCUUUGGCGAAAAGGAAGACACCGAGAUGCAGGAGGAUUGA